AGCAAAUACUCUGAAUGUCAUUUGUAGGAAAACAACGUACUUCCAACAAUCGAAUUGCAUGACGUUGUCAUCCAUUGAAUUUGCUACAUAUCGACCAACAAACUCCAAGUUGACAUGGCGAUGGCGGUGGAUUAUGAAUUGCCUCUUAUUUAAUGUUCCGCGUUUAGUGUUGACACUCUCUGAUUUGUUGUAUGAAAUUUUUCUUUACUAGCCCACCAGUUGCGAGCGGUUUUUCUAGUGGUGGAGGGAUGAAAUGCUUCUCAGCUGUUUAAACCACAAGCCGAUCAGCACAUUGCCAGAUGUGCUUCCAAAUUCUCCACUGUGACUAAGUGAUUGCAGUACAGCAAUUUCUCUUGAACUAAUAGAGAACUACUCUGAGUCCGAGAAGCAUGCUGCAACAUGUACAGUUCGAGAUAAUCAUGUCAUUGUAGAUAUGCGUUAAUGGAACUAAUGACAGUUGAAGAACAGAGCUACAUCAUUUUUGCAGCUGUUUGUAUGCUGUGAACGAACUAUAACAAUUUUAAUUUUGUGAGACUUUGUCCUGAUAAUUUGAAGUUCAGAGAAAGUACUGUAAUGGUUUUAUCAUAGCUUUUAAAGAAAACAUUUUAUGCUGUAGUUGUGUGUUUUUCUUGUGUUAGCACUGAAUUAUGAGUAAUGAGUAUGUCCUGUAGACCACAAACCUAGCUUUUUCUGAAGCAAGUCUCAACAACAGUAAAGUGAAAAAUGACAGUUCCAAAAAGAACUUGUGUAUAAAAACAAUGUUCCAAACAUCAUUUUCUUUUGCUGUACCAAAACUGUGUGCAGUCUAUUGUGAAUAUAUACCACGUUCUAAAAAUUCAGAUAGUGUAUGAGACCAAGAAAUUGUGUAUUGAAGUUUUAGCUGAUUUACAUUUAGAAGGAAAUGAUUAUUAUUUAUAAAAUAAAAUAAAAAGAACUUCUGUUUUGUAUGAACAUCGGUGAACUUUAAUAUUAAAGUCGUCAUUAAAUUAAAAGUGUGAGUUUUGAUAUGAAAAUUUUUGCUAACAAAUUUUCAUAUGCCACAAACAGUAAGAAGAUUAAAUCUGUACUACAAGAGAGGGAUAAUGUAACGUGUUCAGAAUUAGCAUACAACAAAAUAAAUUGUGAUGAAGUGUUGCAGUAUAGCAGUUCAGAUGCCACAACGGGCAGAAUAUCACCCUCUCAAAAACAAAUUGAAUCUUUGCAUGUUUUUCGCAAUGAGGAAGGAAAUGUUACCAAUAGGGCCAAUAAAAGCAAAAGUUUAUCUUUGGGGAAGAGCAGAGUACAAACCAUUCAUAAACUUAAGGAACUACGUGUUGUUCUGAAAAGAUUGCCUGAACUGUGGUUAAGAAAAAAUCAGUUCACUGUUGGCAGAAUCAAUAAACUAUCAAAUCAAAAUAAAUAUACUUCCAGAAACAUAGCAGUUAAACCAAAUUCUUGUUCUGAUGUCAACAAAAGCAAUUGCACCAAAGCACAAGUUACAGAUAGUUCCGAUUCAUCAUCAACUCUAGAUGCAGUGCUUCACAAAGGAAUCACUGAUUCCUCAGCAGUACAGGAUGCUGAGCUGAUUUUGUUUUUGUCUAAGUUUAAAACAGAGCAUCCAGAAUUUUUAGUCAAGAAACUGCAUGUAUCUUUACACAAAUUGUCAAGUAAUUUACAUUCAUAUAAUUGGUCUCAGAUAGAAAACAUUUAUCAGAGAUGCAAAGAUUGCCACAUCAUUACUGUUCACAACAGCAUUAAUCAAGAAAAUUCACCCAACCGAGCGGCAGUCAAUAAGAGUUCAACUCGGUUAGAAUCAAGUAAGAAACUGAGCAUUUUACAUGAGAAUGAAAGUUCUUAUGAAAAUUUGAAUGUGGUAGUUAAGAGAAAAAGACAGAGAAAGUGGCAUUUCAAUUGCAUAUUUUGUUCAGAUGAUAAUGAGACAGCUCAACAGAACCAUUUAUCCAAAAAAUGUAGAGGACUUGAAUCAGUGAAAACAUUUUCCCCUUUUGUGUUAACAGAGAGAGAAUUCAGUGAAAACGAAAUGGAUUCCUCAGAUACGUCUUACAUUCCUGCUAAAGAAAGAAAGCAUACUGUUCAUGGUAAGCAAAAUAUCCAUAAUAAAGAAUUAUCGAGAUUGCGCAGGGUGUCGCCCGUGGAACUUAUAAACGCUGUAAAGUAUGCAAUGCAUUUGGCACUGACUGAGCCAUGGUUACAGCUGGAUGUGUCUGGUCCUCCAGAAUGCUGUGAAUCUCAACAUCAUAGGAUGGUAUUGCAUUGGAUGAAGCCAGAUAUAAGUAUGUCUGAUUUAUUCAGAAAUGCUCUGUCACAAGGUGUAUGGCUCCCAUCUUUACUUCACAUGAUUAUUUCUGCUGGGGCAAUUCCUCAGCCUGAGGAUGUGCAAAACAUUCUGCUGUUUGUCAUGACAUCAGAAGACCAGACAGUAAAAGAAAAUGCAUUAACAAUAAUACAGAUGUUAUUUGAUGUAUGGCCUCCAUGCUGUCUCCAUACGGGCUCUUAUUACCGUUCUGUCUUCAGAAAGUCGCACAAGGUUGGGUGCCAGGAAUCUAAUGGAUUGCUCUUAUCAAUGGUUGCAGUCCUCCAUUCCCAGUUGAGUUGUAAGGUUGAGAUGGCAUCUGACUCGGUCACUUAUUCAGCUUUAGUCAUUAAAGUUGUUGUCAGUGCAUUGGCAGCUGAUGUGGCAAGUUGGCUUUCCCGUCAUCAGACGAAGAAAAGCACAAAAACAGAAUAUGAGGUACCUCUCGCUCAGAUAGCCCUAGGGCAAACAGGAGAUGCACAAAUACAAUUCUCUGACGUAAAGAUCAUUGUGAAACUGUGCAUCUGUGAUCGGAGAACAACACUGCAUCAUAAUGUUUUUAUGGAUCUUCUACACCUCAUUGCAGAAGUGUAUAGAAUACGCUACGCAGUUCCACUUAAAGAAUAUCCAGGCUUAGGAACAAACUGUCAUUUGCUUGCCAGUGAGAUAGUUUCUCAAAUGGAACACUGUGGUAUGAAAAGUGAAAGCAUAGGCCAGUUUCUUUGUGUUUUGAAGCCUAAUUGGUUGUCGAUGCUUGUUGGUCAGAAGUUAUUGGAGAAACUUCAAGGACCACUGCGUGGAUCAGUGAUAGACACAGUGACCAGUUACAUAUUGGAGUACAAAGAUUUUCUGAAAAGAGAAGUCACAUGUGAUGAACAGCAUGGAAAACAUAAGGUCAGCACCAAGGAUACAAAUGCAAAGAAAGUAAACAAGAGAGACUGCAAAGGUGAAGUGCAGCUGCAUAGAUCAUGUAGACGUGGAAACGUAAAUGCUGUGCACAGAAUUUUAGAAGUGCCAGGUGUAGAUGUCAAUAUUUGUGAUAAUGCGGGUUGGACACCACUACAUGAAGCAGUUCACUACAGCCACACAGCUUGUGUGCAAGCACUAUUAAAUUUUAUGCCAUCUCCUGGGAGCCCAUACGUUUAUACAGCAGCACGAGCAGCUUGUGGAACAACACCGUUGAUUAGUGCAGCAAUUGCUGGAGAUGCGGACAUGUGUCAUCUGCUGUUACAGCACACAGGCAUUGUGCUACUUGAAGAUGUUCUGGAAGGUAAUGAUAUAAAACCACAACUAAAGGAGCACAUACCUGAAGAAAUACAAUCACUGCUAAAGACAGCAAAACUGAAAUAUGAAAAUAUCAUAGAAAGACAUUUGGGAGUAUCAUUAUCAGUCGAAAUAUGGACUCACCUGCAUCCUCUGCUUUUACCUCUUGUCUGCAGUCACAUGGCCACAUAUCAUGUGCCACUUGUAAGAAGUCAAUUUGGGCAAGCGCAGUGUGGUGCAGUGCAAGCAUCUUCUACUCAUGUUGAGUACUCAACUAUACGACAAAUCAUGAGAACUCUCCGAAGCUUUGAAAAAAUGAGAAAGGUUAUAAACCAUCUUUGUAAGUGGCAUGAAAUUCCAAUUUCAGCUGUACAUAAUUUUCAGAGCUACUUUUAAAAAAAGUAUUAAGAAAUUGGAGGCAUGUUAGUUCCUUUGUUGUUAGUGAAUUUGUGACUGCUUGUUGGUGUAUUGUAAGGCAGAUGGCAUAAUUCAUUCCUUAAAAUGUGUUUAUGCCUAUGACAUCUCUGACUAGCUUCACAAUAGUACUGUCUUUUAAAUUUAUCUUAUCUGAUGGUUUCUUGUAUUUUAUUUGUAACUUGGAGGACAAAACACCUUUUAGGUGCAAAUAUUAUCAUCAUCACUUGUUCCCCGUAAGUCAUAAAUGUAGUGUCUCGUGAUCACAACCAAAGCUCAGUAUGUAUUUAGAGCAAUGAUCUUUUCUACUCUGUAUUCUUAUUUUUGGUUUGGAGCUAUUCAGGGGAACCUUCUAUUAUUGUUGCCAAAGUGAGUAGUCAUCCAAGACCAAAGUUGCAUUAUUAUUUUUACAAGUAAUGUUUACUUGCUAUAUUCAGAAGCAUACUUUAAUUGCAUGAAAAUGUAACACAAAUAAUUGUAAGAAUCCUAUUUUAAGUGAUAAAACUGUUUUGAAACUGAUGUUGUCAUUCCAGUUUAAUUAUUUUGACUACAUCAGCUAUUUUAGUUGCUAAUGUGAUGAUACUUCUUGUUUGUUUUAGCUUGUAUUUGAUACAGCCACAUUUCCUUUUUUGCAGA